AGCAAAACAGCAGCAGAGGCGCUCAGAGACACAGGGAAGCCAGGAUCCUCCGCAACUCUUUCAGACUUCUGUGAUGCUGCCUGCGACUUUCAAGCUGUGUGCCGGCAUUUCCUACAGACACCUGCACAGCACAAUGGGUGAGUACAAACCAAACAACAUUACUAUCAUCUUCAGAAUCAGAAUCUUUUUGAGGGGAAAAAUGUGCUUCAAACAUGAGUUAUAGUGGGUACACAGUGUAAAUGUGAUCAGAUGAAUCUCCUACAGUUUCUUUUAAAGGUAAUAGGAACUAUUGGUGUGUGUUUGGGAGUUAUUCAGAUCACAUCCAUUGUGCAGGGGCUGAACACUUUGCCUCCCUGCUAUUUUCCAGAUUUAAAAGUUGUUUCUGUAUGUUCUUACUGUGGCACAAACAGAAUUUAAAUCAAGGGAAUGAUGAACGGCUCCUCUCCCCUGGUGCUGCCAUUCCAGCCUGAACGGCUGCAGCUAGUAGCUUUUUCAUUCCUUGUGUUGCUUUUCAACUUUUUCUAGCAAGCCAUCUUCUGGGAUUCAGUGGGUGAAAUAUUGAUGUAUAAGUGUAAAGAACUUUAAAAGAGCAAUUUUUGUUGUAUCGAAUAAAAAGUUAUCAUGGAUGUUUCUCGUUUUCUGGCUGCUUGACAUGUUGUUAAUGGCUAGCCUGGGAAGCUUGCGGUCUUUCGCAGUGAGCUCCCGUAUUUCUGCCCUUUCCCUCUUCUUAUAACUUUUCUUUUUUUGGGGGGUGGGGGUACUUUGCUUAUAGUGGGAGGGUGCACUGUAAUGUUGACCCUAGCUACUCAACUCUCCUUAUUUACCAGUGGCAUUGGUGCUUGUGCAUUAGCCUAUGUACAUUUCAUGUAAAUGUGUGUCAUGUGCCUUUAAAUAACCCAGCCAUGCCCUUAGAUGCAUGCAGAAAUGGAAAGCUUACAUUUUGUAGUUCAGGGGAAUCUAGUGGUGGCUGCUGCCCAUUGAGACAAGUAAGGCGGAAAGCAGGGAAACCACCAGCAGGGAGAGCCAGAGCCAAUGACAAGCAAAGCAAGGAAUUCUAGUUUUGUCUCCAAUUACCUCCCUGCUGAGUUCCACUGGGAGAACACUGAGGCUCAAGAGGAGACUACAGAGGCCAUGCAAACCCUUGGACUGGUUUUGAGGAGGAAAAGCAGGCAGGUAGAGAUUGGCUAGGGGCAGGCUGAGGAUGGUGAGAAAGUACUGUACUCCAUUUCCUCGAAAAAAUGGCCAGCCUCUACUGGUUUUAGAUGAGCUCAGCUGCAGCAUACAGAAGGUCACAGCUUCCAUGUCCAGUUUUUUAAAAUUAUUAUUAAAGAUUUUCUUGUUUUACAGAAGUAAGUGUAAUGUCUUGUAUUUUUUCCAUGUAACAUUUUUACAAAUCAGUUUAAUUUUUUGAGGCAUUAGGGGGAGAAGAAAAAGAAAAGAAAAAAAGGGGGGUGGAGGGAGGGAAGACGGGUGGGGGUGGGGUCGGGUGGCGAUGUUUCUAUUAUGUUUAAUGUAUGUAGAGUUUGGUGUCAGCGUUACUUGUGCUGUUCACUUGUGUUCCUUUGGUGGUGAGAGAGGUUGGGGUUGGCCUAGGGUGUGGUUGUUUGUUUGUGAUUGGCUGUGGUGAUCUUUGUUUUCGUGUGUGAGUGGGGUGGGUGGGUGUUUUGGAUCAGGUUAGCCAUAUUGAUUUGUAUGCUAUUGGUGGAUUAUUGUCAUUGACCUGUUGGGCUGUGUAUGUGAUAAAGGGGAGCCAUACCGGGGUGAAGGCGUCUUCUUCUGCUUGUCCCCGUGUCAGUUUCAGUUUAUUGGUUAAUUUUUCUAGUAGGGCUGUUUCCCAUACUGUUUGGUACCAUUGGUCCAUGCUUACUCCUGACAGGUCUCUCCAAUGUCUGGUUAUGGUGUUUCUGGCUGCGCUUCCAUGUCCAGUUAAAGUAUCUCAGCUAAGGGGGCUAUGAAUGUAACUAGGGCGUACUUUCCCCUCCUCAGCUGUAGAGAGUUUAAAUCAGGGUUGGAGAACCUGAUGUCUUCUAGAUGCCGGACUCCAACUCUCAUCGCCCCAGCCAGAAUGCUCAUUCCUUUUGGGAAUUAUAGGGAGAGAACUACCCAAACUUUAUAGAAAUUUAUUCAUGUAUGUGACUACAAUGGCAAUAAUGUUACUUGCCCCAAAAUGGAAGAAAGUCCAAGCAAAAGAAGAAUGGCUACAAAAAACUUAUGAAAUAUGCAGAAAUGGUGAAACUUAACCGAAAAAAUAAGAAAUCAAGAUAACAAACUUUUUAUAAAAGAAUGGAAAUGGUUUAUUGAAUAUUUACAAACUGUAAACAAAUAAGAACAUUGCCAGGAUUCUUGUAAUAACCUGCAGUUCUAUAAGAGUAUAUAUUUAAAGUAGAUGAAUAAAUGAGCAAAUUGAGUUAAUUUGGAUAUGCAGGAAAUAUUUUUUUAAAAAUUAAGGAACCGCAGAAAGAGGGGGUAGGAAGUCAAGUUUUGAAAUGUUAAAAUGACUGUAAAAUUAUUUACAUGUAUAAAACUGAAAGUCAUAAAUAAAAUAUUUAAAAGGAUGGGAAAUGCUCAUGGAUGAUGGGAACUUUAGUCAAUUAACACCUGGAGGGCCAUUACUUCACUGAGACUUGAAGGGGUUCUGCGCCUUUCAGGACUAGGUGUUUUCAGGCAAAGAAAAUAUAUUUCCUCUGUUUGAUCUUUCAGAUAUUUAGUUCCUAAAAUACCUAUACAGUUCUAAAAAGCAGCUUUUGAUAGAUAGCAUUGGCUCAUGUAAGAAGGAAAAAAAGGGUCAGGAAAUUUUAAAAAUGGCUUUUGGUAUAAAUGUGGUGGUAACAACUAUUUGUAUAUUUUCUGCAUUCUUAGCAAUUAAAUAUCAGUGGUGAGGAAGAAAAAACAAACAAACACCUGGAGGGCAACCGGUUCCCCACCGCUGGUUUAUAUUGACACGAAUUCUGUUCAUGCUCUUUAAGGUUUUUCUAGGGGGUCAAUGGAGUCAGUUUUCAUAUGAUGGUUCCUUGUUUCUAAAAGCCUUUAUAAUCAUAAGUCUGUGUGCAUGUUUGUAAUGCAUCCUGAUUUCUUGCACAACUCUGAUAAAUUAAAGUCACUUUAAGUGCUUUCUUUGAAGAAAUAAGCAAGAGAUACAGAGGUACAUAAUUUACCAUGUAAACAUGCCUUUACCAGAAUUUGUGCAAUGUUCUCAUUCAAAUGGAGCAGAGGGGAAAUCAGUUCGGCAGCUUUGUAGUAAAUUCAGCAGAGUAGUGUUUCUACUGUACCCGCAACCCCAGAAGGCUGCCUGGAUUCCCAUCUUAAGCUAAGAAGGCAACAAAGGAACUUAGAAAUGGAGAACUGUUCAAGCAGCGUUUAAAACAAUCUUGGGUCCCCAGAUGUUGUCAGACUACAGCUACCAUCAUCCCUGAGCUGACCACUGGCUAAGCUGGCUGGGGAUGGUGGGAUUUGUAGCGCAACAACAUCUGGGGAGUCAAGAACUGUUUUAAACAAUAAAAUGCAAACAGGACUCCUGACACAGGCUGUCACUGCUGAUUUAGUUUUAGGUGGUUUUUUUUUACAGCUGGAGGUGCAGGUGGGUUCGGGGGAGGAGGGUUGCGUGAAGAACCACUGGCAGUCAUUCUCUUCAGGACUAAUUGGGGUGCGUGGAAGAGCAGUUAAGUUCAAAGGGCUCAAAUCUGUACACUAGUUAAUUUUUUGGCAUCUGAUAAGUUUCACAACUUGUUUUUACUGUGUGUGUAUCAGUUCAAUUUACAGCCCUCAGUUUACAGCUGCAGAUUUAAGCAAGCAAGAGAUUAGACUUAGUAAAAGAUUUCUCUCUGUGUGUGUUAACUGACCAAAUCUUGUCACACACUAAAGAGUUUAAAAUAUUCAUAAAUAUUAAUAAAAAUAUAUUGGUUCUGGUGGCACAAGAGUAGACUAUGUUGAACAUGUCCUCUCAGAUCAGCUCACACUUUUGGGUGCUUUAUUUUAUUUUUCUGUGUUGUCUGCGUUGUUGUUUUUUUAAUGAUGGUUAGGAACCUCGAAAGCUGGAAGUAUCCCAGGCCUCUCUGGACCUCAAAGGGCCUGCUUCUGCGGGUUCAGAUAUGGCUUUUAAUACCACUGUUAUGCUUUCCUCUCCUCAGGCUUGAAGAGGCAAGCAGCUGCUGCGAUUGUCCAGGAGCUGAAUAAAUUUGCAGUUACCAGGCCUGGUCCCAGCAAGUGGAUCAAUAAUGUGCGCAGAAGGAGCUCUUUGCUAAGUAAGUAUAACGAGGCACAGCUCUUGUUGGGCGUGUUUUAUCCUUGCAUUUUGGGGCUGCUGAAUUUUUGGUGGCAUUGAAAAUACAAGCUUUCUUUUCUAAAAUAAAAAUAAAAUUAAAUUAAAACCUGCUCCAACCUCCAACAGGUUCUAGACUGGAAGAGAAUCUCUUCAAUGAAAUGGAGAUGUCCUACAUCAAGCAAGGAGAUGAGGCGCUCCAGAAAUCACUUAAAAUUCUUGGAGAGCAGGAGGGCUGGAAAACAGAGACAGUGAUGGUAUGCAUGUUGCAUUGUUCAUGGGGGUCAUUGUUUGGUGUUCCCUUCUACUUUGCUUGCAGAUGUCAGUUGGGGUCGCCAACUUUGCAGCCUUCAGAUAGAGAGCUGAAUUUUAGUUAGGGUCAAGAUAUCAUUUCAAAUUCACAAUUCAAAUUCACAAACCAAGGUAUCUUUUUAAAUAUUUUUUAUUAAGUUUUCUGUUUUACAAUUUCAAAUACACAUUUUACAUCCUUAAGCUAUCAGUGACUUCCCUUCUUCCCUUUCCAUGGUUCAGGUUUAAACAAACAACUGUUUUCUGAGUUUUGAUGUUAGGAGGAACUGUGGUUAAUAUAAAGCUGGAAAGGGUUCCUUCUGAUCUUCUCACAAGUGUAAAAGAAAAAAAAAGUGUGUCAUGCAAGCCGGUGGCUUAUUGCAGCUGGUCCUUCUAGUGGAAAAUCAUUAUUUUGCAUCGAAAUGGGCCUAAUUUUCUUCAUGCUGCUCACUCUUCCACCCCACCUGCAUCUUUCUACCAUAAAAAAGGAGCAAAUAUUGUGGUCCUACUGAUGCAACUUUUAUAGACCCUAAUCCAUUGAUUCAGGCAUAGUCAAACAUGGUGUGUUCCAGAUGCUUCUGGACUUCAGCUCCCAUCACUCCUGACUAUUGGUCCUGCUGGCUGGGGCUGAUGGGAGGUGGAGUCCAACGUCUGCAGGACAUCAGGGUUCCCCAUCCCUGGUCCACACACCAACUGGUGGUAGCUCUCCAGGAUUUCAGACAAGCCUUACCUAGAGUUUGAACUUGGGACCUUUUGCCUGCAAAGCAUGUGCUCUACCUCUGAGCUAUGGCCCUUUUCUAACAUUAGCCAUCCCCCUGGCUAGCACAUUCUGGGCCAGUUGUAGCUUCAAGGCCAGCCCCAUAUAGAGCACAUUGGAAAAGCCCUGUUGCAAGGUUAUCACGUGGGAAUCGGGCUGGAUGCAACAUACGACCUAAUAAUACUCUUAGCUCUCAUGCUUUGGGUUAUGCAAGCCAGCGAUGCUAACAAUUUAGACCCCCUUCUGCUUUUUUCUGCAGGCCAAUGGUGACAAAGUCCUGAGCAAAGUUCUCCCGGAUGUGGGGAAGGUAUUCCGGCUAGAGGUGGUGGUUGAUAAACCCCUGGACUGCGUCUAUAGCGAGUUAGUGGAAAGGAUGGAGCAGAUGGGAGACUGGAACCCGAACGUCAAAGAAGUCAAGGUAAACACACACAGAAACGCAUUCUUGGUGAAAGGAGACUGCACCAAUGGCUUAUGCAUUCAACUCUCCAAGGAGUUGUAAAGCACGUUGCUUUGCCUGAUCAGUGAUUUUUUGCGUAGCUAUUAGUAGAAAAAGUAUAUUGUAGAGGAGGGAUGGUCUGAAGAAAGACUGGGAUCUACUGAAAGAUCCCUGGAUGAUUCACAGUAAAUCCCCAAGCGUUGCUUGCUCCUUGCGGUGCAACGACAACAAAUUAAAAUCUCAAGUCUUUAAAACAAAUCUCAGCAUGGCUAACCAAUGUCUUGAUCUCACUGUUCUACACCUGUAAAACAUGAGCAUUAAUGAGGUGUUUGGGCAGCUCUGCUGGCCAGUUUUAGACUCUUGUGUUAAGCGUCUCAGAUCUGUAAUCAUGCAGACAUGGGUGCAUUAUGGUAUUUGUGGGGUAUCUCCAUUGUAAGGCUCGGAGGCCACACAGGCUCGUGGGGAAUUGGCUCCCUCCUGCUCCCUCCUUCAAAGGACAGAAGAAAGGCCCCCUCAUGAUUCCCACUGGAGGCAGAACCUAGUCAUCAUGGUUAGUAGCCUUAAAAGCCUUAUCUUCCAUGAACUUAUCAAAACUGCUUUUAAAGCCAUCCAAGUUGAUGCCAUUGCUACAUCUUGUGGGCCACCAUUACGCACCCGGCUGUGGCUGGUGACCUUUACACUGUGUGCUUCCUGCCCAUGUUGGUAGCACCGAUCACAUGUUAGGAACAAAGGGAAGUCUCCUUCUGCCUCUUGUCUCUCCCUUCCCCAAAGUAAUCAGCACUGCGCUCCUUCCAAAAGUGAGUCAGGAAAGGAAUUUGUCGGCCAUAGCAGGAAUUGCAUCAGCUACCAGCAAGGAGGUGCAGUAAGUAUCCCUGUAUGAAAAAUGACAACCCUUUGUUUUCAUUGGCGAUCUUUCUCCAGAUCUUGCAGAAGAUCGGCAACGACACAGUGAUCACUCACGAAACUGCAGCCCCAACCCCUGGCAACAUAGUUGGGCCACGAGACUUUGUGAGUGUCCGUUGUUCCAAGAGGAGAGGCUCAACCUGUGUCCUGGCUGGCAUGUCCACCACCUAUGCAGCGAUGCCUGAACAGAAAGGGGUUAUUAGGUAAAGAGUCGUCCCCCUCUCGAUUACUUUCUCCUUGAUUGAAUUUGGGGGGUACUCCAUUUUUUGUGUAAUAUGCUAACAUGAUGCUCUCCUGUCCUCCCCCAGAGCUGAGAAUGGCCCCACGUGUAUGGUUCUUCGGCCUCUCCUUGGUGACCCCUCCCAGACCAAGUUAACCUGGCUUCUCAGCAUCGACCUCAAGGUACAGGCACACGGCGGACUGAGCUAAAUCACUGCAUCCACUGGUUUUGCCAGAGAUCAUCCUCUUGCCAUGAUUUGGGUGGUGCAACUUUCAUAAACAGCUGUGCAUUCAGCUCUGCAGGGAGUCGUCUCAGGUGUCACUAAGAGGGAUCCACUUUCUGGGGCUCUUAAGAGGGUAUUUUUUAGUUAGAUGAACUGUGCAAGAAGAUACAUAGCGCUGUGCCAAGGAUUCCUCCUGCAUUUCCCGCCUGCCACUCUCCAUCAUUUGAUGAUAAGAUGAAUUGCGGCUGCAUACAUUUAAAGCACAACAAUACCACUUUAACAGUCCUGGCUUCCCCCAAUGAAUCCUGGGAGCUGUAGUUUGUUAGGGGUGCUGAGAGUUGUCAGGAGACCCAUACCCCCCUCACAGGGCUAUUAUUCCCAAAGUUCCCUGGGAAGAGGGAUAGACUGUAAAACUGCUCUGAGGGCUCGUCUACACUUCUGCUUGUCUCUGCUUUCUAGGCCUGGUUCCGAGAGGAUUUUCGUUUGCUCAGCCACUUUUCCUGAGAAAACCCGCUAUUUGCUGCUGAAUUGGGCUUCCUGUGGAUUGAUGCUUAUGGCAAACCAGGGGAAAUCCUCUCGAACCCAUGCCUAGGAAGUGCAGACAAGCAGGAGAAGCAGGAAAAGUGUAAAAGGGGCUGAGCCCACAGAGUCCAGAAAGAAAAAUAAAUCCUGAUACCACUUUACUGAGGAGAACUGAGGGGGGGGGGGGGAACGGGACGAACAGAGAGGUUUUGCCUCUUUUUUAUUACAUCAGACCUUGUGCAUAGCAGGGAGACCUUCACAGAAUUAACCCUUUAAGUUGAACACAUAAUGAUGUUGCUCUUUCCCCCCCUUCUCUCCCAGGGAUGGCUGCCCAAGUCCCUCAUCAACCAAGUCCUCUCUCAAACCCAGGUGGAUUUCGCUAAACAUCUGCGCAACCAUUUGAGCAGCAAUUCUGCCUCCAUGCAGCAGGCCGUGCGCUGUUGAAGUGGCCGCACACACGCAACACACUCCUUGUGGCUGAUGAAUCCCUUUCCCAGUUCAUGGACCACUCGCUCAAGGCUCUUCCCCUGGCAGCUGAGGCUCCUGCUCCAGAAAAUGGGUACAGGGACAUCCAUCUUUCCUGCCAAUAGAACAAGCUUCCUGCCUGCUCCGAGGCAGCUUUUUUUAACCUCUCCCCAAAGCAAGAGUGGGAAAUCUUCUUGGUGGUUCUUGUGCUCAGGGGUGGUCUGUUGUGGGUCACAUUUCAGCAGUGGUCAUUGCCAGAGCCAAAAGGCAGAGUAGGCCACACCUUUGUCUCCCUCCUUCAUUUCACUCCCCUCUCUUUUCUCACAUCCACACCAUACAUUGAAGCACUUACGCCGUUUUCAUUAUCAUGGCUUCCCCAAAAAAUCCUGGGAACUGUGCUUGAUUAAGGGUGCUGAUCUCACAGAACUUGACUUCCCACCACCCUUGACCAACUACAGCUCCCAGGAUUCUCCUUCAAUAUUAAAGUAGCUGUGAUAUGGCGUAGCUGUGAUCUCUCUCUUAAGCUUGCAAGGGGAGGGACAAAUCACUCUUCUCAGAGGUUCAAAAUGAUUGCUUUCAGAAAUCUUUUGAAAUUAGGCAGAUGGGCUGAAGGUUGCACCCCCCCACCCCCAGUUCAAAGGAUUGAACAGCAGAAAAUUUCAUCCUAGGUGCUUCACUGAUCCUUUGAUGACAAAGUGCAGGACUAGAUUUUGCAGCCCCGGGUUUGUUAAAGAGGUUUCCUUUUGAAAGGUGUAUUUGAAAUACCCCGAAAACAGAGCCAAGUUAAUUGAGCUCACAGAACAACUUAAGCUAUGAUCUUACUUUUUAAAAACCAGUAGAAUUUAGUGCCAUUUAUAUUUUAAUUUAGUGCAUUUAUUGUCCCACCUUUUGUUCCAAGAGCAUGGGGUAUGCAUGUUCCCCCCGUUUCCCCCCUCCUAAUAAGAUGGUGGGUUAGGCUUGAGUAAGGGCUCCUCCAUUGCAGCCUGUUUAUUGAUUUGCUUGCACAAAGUUUACCAAGCAUUCCUCUAGACUUGUUUAUGGGGUGGUGACAGUCAGCAUUCAUCCUGAUUUAAUUCACUUCAUUGGAACAAGCCUGAAUUCCCAGGUAUGCACUUGAAUCCCUCCUACAAAACAGUAACAGCCUGGAGAAACCCCAAGAGGUAGCAGUUGGCCCAGGGUCCACCAGAGUGUCUCAGAACUGCAUGAGAUUUGAAGCAGGGUGUCUGCAGCCUAAUCUGGCAGCGCUCUACCCACUGCACUGCUUCUCCAUGCCUGAUUUAGAAUCAGUCUGCUUGGGCCAGUUCGUGAAUCUGUGUUUAUGCAACACCUCCGAUUUUACACUCAGCUGGCCUCUGCUGAACUGACUGGUUGAGGGAACCUCAGCUGGGUGGCAGAGCUGCUGCCUUGCAUGCAGAAGGCCUCCUGCACUGUCCCUGGACCUGCCAACUAAACGAGAAAGGCUCAGGGAGCAGGUGACAUGGAAGACCGCUGCCCAAGAUCUCAGAGAAGCACUGCCAGCGAGAGGAAAGAAGGCUAGGCUAGUUGGACAAGUUAUCCGCCUUACUGUGCAAUGGAAGGGCGUAAGGAAAGCCCUCCUGGAGCAGGCCAAAGACCCAUCUAGGUCUAGGAUCCUGCUGGCAUGGCGGUGAGCCAGAUGCCCCUGGGAAGCCUGCAAGUAGAAGCUCAGCGCAAAAGCACUCUCCAUACUUGCAGUUCCCAGAAGCUGGCAUUCAGAGGCAAGCUCCUGCCAACAGUGGAGUCGGAACUCCAUCUUAGCUGCCUAUGUUCCUAACUCUCUCUUAAGUAUUGUGCCCAUAGUGACAGCCUAUUGGAAAGCCUUUGUACAUGGGAUCAGAAAAGAGCCAGUGCCUGUUCCAGGUUCCCAGGGAGACCUGUGCAAGAUGUUCUCCUCGUCUCUGCAUGUGCCUCCCACCCUGAGUACACCUACUUUCUCCAGUGUCACUACUGCCUCUCCCCAUGUGUCUCCCCCCCCCCCCCCCGGAAGGCCCUUCUGCACCAGAACAAGGCCUACAGAGGUUGCUUUCUCACAGGGAAAAAGGCAGCACCAGCAACCAGGAACAGCAGGGCAAAGUAUCUCCAAGGAUGGGACAUGGGCGUGAGCCAAACAAUGCUGGCUGUAACCUAUGUCCAACACGCAAGUACAGUGGUAUCUCGGGUUACAGCCGCUUCAGGUUACAGACUCCGCUAACCCAGAAAUAGUACCUCGGAUUAAGAACUUUGCUUCAGGAUGAGAACAGAAAUCGUGCAGUGGUGGCACGGCAGCAGCGGGAGGCCCAUUAGCUAAAGUCAUGCUUCAGGUUAAGAACAGCUUCAGGUUGAGAACGGACCUCCGGAAUGAAUUAAGUUCUUAACCCGAGGUACCACGGUAGAUCAAUGCAGUUUGAACUCACCCUUCAUCUUAGUAGGCUUGGUAGCAAGGCGCUUGUUUUGUUUAGAUGUCCGUAACAGCAGGCCGUGCAUUAAAACCAAGUGACUAACUGCUAACCAUCCUUUGUAGCUCUGUGUAGCCACGGAGCAAGACCCUGCUGAAUAAAAAUAGUGCAUUUGUAGCAUCCCUGUUUCCCCACCAGCCUCUUGGCUCUCCGGCCAAGGCCCUUCCUCCUUCUCCCUGUCCACAUGUACGAGCUUUGGUUGACUGCACUGUAUUCACCCCCUUGUGUUUUAGGGGAAGAGCAAUAAGCUCAGUAGGACAGCAUUUGCUUUACAUGCAGAUAGUUCUACAUCUAAUCUAAUUUCAGACUUCUGUCUGAAAUCCUGGAGAGCCGCUGCCAGUCAGUGUUGACAAUAUGGAGCUAAGAGGGACCAAGGGUCUGGUUCAGCAUAAGGCAGCUUACUAUAUUCUUCAGGACCAUAGCAGGCGAGCAGUUAAAACACACAAACACAAAUCUCAGUAACUAGCAGCCUCACACUGGUCGAUGACUUACUUUAAAAACAAAUUAGUUUCAAUGCAAAUAUGUAUUCCAUAUUGUUUGUUGUUAGGCUUAAAGUAAGAUAGGUAUGCUCCUAAACUCACUUUAUGAAUCUGUGAUCCCCAAAGUCUGACCUCAGGCUUGGCGUUGGCACAUUAUCCAGCCUCACAAUAGAUUUUACCAUUUCAGCUACCAGAACCCUUGAAUAUGUCAUUACUCAUAACCAGUUUUUUUUUUUUUUAAAACAAACUCUGUAGGUAUCUUCUUCCCUUGUUUGCAAUUGGACAAAGUGUUUAUUUAAUAUUUAUUCAAGUCAGGUAUAUUAAACAUGAAAAGCCUGUUCUGUUUUACUCUUGCAUUCUUGGUUAACAUCUUUUCAAAAACUGGCAGAUCAUGCAGUGUAAAGAUUUUGUGUGUUUAGACACUGAUGCCAGGUGAAAAUGAAUAACAGCUUCUUUGAUCUGAGACACUGAAAAUUGUAUUUAACAAGAGUAGCAGAAAACUGUGCUGAAAGUUUAUGUACUUCUGAAAAUAAAAGUAUGAUUUAAAAUGUUCCACGUCACUGCUCUCUUUUUUGGCUACAGGAUUAAGACUUUUGAAGCUCAUGUAACUGAAAAGGUCUGCCCCUGAUUCAGGGAUGACCCAGGCAGUGGAUUAGGACAGAGAGGGAUAAAGGAAUUUUAUUUUGUAUGCUACAGGAAUCUGUGACCAACCAGAUGUUAUUGGACUCCAGUUCCCAUCAGCCCCUGGUAGCAUGGACAACUGCUAUGGAAGAUGGGCUCUGGAGUCCAAUGACAGCUGAAGAGCCACAGGUUCCUCAUCCCUGUUCUAUAGCUUGCAGCUUCUGAACGUGGAUGGCCAAUGUACCAUCUGGGUCCAAAGCUCAGUGGCAGAGCACUUUCACUUUGCAGGUUCAUCCCUAGCGCACGCUUUCGCAACCUGCCACCCUCCAGAUGUUCUAGACUACAUCACCGCUGCCGCCAGGACCGAUGGCCAGGCCGAAGGGAGCUGUUGUCCACAGCACCUGCAGGGUAGCAGUUUGGAGAGGACUAACCCUGCCCCUCUAGUUAAAAGAACAGUAAGCUAAGAAGGCAAUGGGCAAGACCUCUGCCAGAGUUCCUGGAGAAGCAUUAUGGAAUGGGGAAUACUGGAGUACAUGGUGUCAGGCAGCUCCUUAUCUCCCAAGGCAAGCAAAUAAUGCCAUCUCCAUGACACUUCAGUGGUAAAAGGGAAGAAGAAGAAGAAGAAGAAGAAGAAGAAGAGGAGUUUGGAUUUGAUAUCCCGCCUUUCACUCCCUUUAAGGAGUCUCAAAGCGGCUAACAUUCUCCUUUCCCUUCCUCCCCCACAACAAACACUCUGUGAGAGAGAAUUAAACAUUUGUAAAAGUGCAUAUUGUGCCAGAGUGAAAAAACUUGUUUUACAGCAACCUCUCUCAAAUGUUAUCUGCUAGUUCAUACUGCACAGCUUGUAUUAUUAUUAUUAAUUAAAUUUAUAUGCUGCCCUAU